AUGACGGAUGCCAGUACAGGCGCCCCAGCCCCUAGGAAACGGUCUCUUUUCAAGCGAGCAGCCUGGCAAGACGCUGCGAAGAAGGAGAAUGAGGACAUAUUCAGCCACUCUAAUGAGUUCAAGGACAUAGUUGCCGAGGAGAACAGGCGGAAAGAAGAAGAGAAAAGGAAACAAGCUGAGGCAAAGAGGAAGGCCGAAGAAGGGCAAAAGCGCGAGCAGGCAGAGAAGCAAGAGAGUAAAGGCAAGAGGCGCAAAGUGUCGACCGACUAUGAUGAGCCAAUCUUACUCCUGAGUGGCUCUGUAAACUCGGGAAGAAUAAGCAGAUCACAAAGCAAAGCCCGAAGUAGGACACCCCUCUCUCCCGCUGCACCCCCACUACCGCCGAACUCUCUCGCAGCGCGUUAUGAUACUCUCACACAGUCGGCCCUGUCUCAGCCUAUCAUUGUCGAUCUGGGUGACUCAGACGAAGAUGAUGACGGUUCUGGCUACAAGUCGAAGUCAUCUGGCGAUACCUGGGACGACACAGGAGACGGCGCCGACACAAAGCACGACAUAGCGUUGCGCCCGUGGAAUAACACACCACUAGACGACGAUGGCCUGGAGGAGGUCCAAGACCCAGAACUUGCAGCCAUAGAGGCGAGAGCACGAGCAAGAGCUGCGGCAAAGAAAGCAGCAGCGGCGAGUGGGAGCAAAGCGCCCAUUGCGCAGCUUUUCAUUGCCUCAGACUUGCCAGAUACAGCGCCCCUCAUGGUCAAGGUGCGCAUAGACACCACGAUAGAAAAGCCUCGCGAGGCUUGGUGCGCAAGGCAGAAGUUCACGCCAGAAAUGACGCAGAACAUCUUCUUUACGUGGCGAGGGACACGAUUGUAUAACAGCACCACCAUCAAGCGUUUGGGGAUCAAGGUGGACGAUCAUGGCAACCUAUCCAUCGAGGGCGAUGACUCAAUAUAUGACGAGACUAACACACCCAAAAUCCACGUCGAGGCCUGGACAGAUGAGACCCUCGCACAACACAAGAGAGAGCUCGCUGCAGCAGCCGAAGCCGCACGCAAGGCAGCAGAGCCAUCCUCCGUGACCGAGGAGCGCGAACCUACGCCCGAGCCUGUACUCGAAGUGAAGAAGUACCGCCUCUUCCUGAAAGCGAAAGGAUUGGAAGACUUCAGGAUCCAGGUCCGGCCUGACACCACAUUUGAGAAACUCGCGGACGCAUUCAGGACGACUCGUAAGAUUGCUAAGACACAGCCUCUAACACUCAUGUUCGACGGUGAGCGUUUGUCGCCCAUGGAUACCAUACAGGACACUGAGCUGGAGGAUAUGGAUUCGAUCGAUGUGCUGCUCAAAUGA